AUGGCGCAAUACAGUUACGAUGAGUCGGGGAACAUGGCGGCGACGUUCGCCCUCAGUGUCCUCGUCCUGAUCCUCGUACCUUGGACUAUCUCUGUUCUUUCACCGAAAAGCAGGAAGCACGUAAACAGAAAGGAAGGAUGCACCUGCGCGCCAUGCCUCGAGAACCAGCAGCGCCUCAAAAAGCAGAUGCCCCGCGUCACCUUCCGCAAGAGCUAUGUGUUUCUUGCCCUUGGUUGGGCUGCCACGGCGGCUCUCGUCUACAAAGUCAUCAACGCGACCCCAGGAGAGAGCGUCCUCUAUGACCCCUUCGAGAUUCUUGGCAUUGCAAGGGAAGCCACCGAGAAGGAGAUCAAAUCCCACUACAAGAAGCUGUCCAAGAUCUAUCAUCCGGAUAAGAUCAAAGCGACUGCUGAGGAGACCCUUGAAAUGAUUCAGGAUCGUUUCGUCAAGAUUACCAAGGCGUACAAAGCACUCACGGACGAGGUCACGCGCGAGAACUGGCAGAAGUACAACGAUCCAGACGGACCGCAGCAGACCACUGUUGGCAUCGCCAUUCCUCAGUGGGUCAUCGAUGCUCAGAACAACAUCUACGUCCUCGGUGUCUACGCCGUAGUCCUCCUCGUCGGGCUUCCCUAUCUGGUCUACAAAUG